AUGUUUUCACAGAUAUAUGGCUGUGAAAGGAGUGGUUUGUUCCAUGCAUUCUCAAGGCAUGUAAUCCAUUCUUUGAAUAUAAAACUGCAGCCACGAACUAAUGACAAAGUGAGAGUGACUCUCCUAUCAAGAGGCACCACAUAUCGCUCCAUACUCAAUGAAAAAGCAAUUAUUGAUGCUUUAAGUAAAGUGGAAGGGUAUGAAGUACAACGCGUGGUGUAUGACAGAACAGUGCCGUUUCUGAAGCAGUUGGAAAUUACUCAUAACUCCGAUGUAUUUAUUGGCAUGCAUGGCGCUGGAUUAACGCAUUUGCUCUUUUUGCCUGAUUGGGCAGCUGUAUUUGAAGUGUACAAUUGUGAGGACCCUAACUGUUACUUGGACCUAACACGGCUUCGAGGUUUAAAAUAUGUUACUUGGGAAGACAAAACUAAACUUGUCCAACAGGAUGAGGGUCAUGGUCCUGGCGGCGGUUCUCAUGCUAAGUUCACGAACUAUUCCUUCGACGUUCGUGAGUUUCUACGACUGGUAAAGAAAUGCGCUGAUCACGUACGUAAACAAAAAGCCUUCAACGACCUCCUCGCGUUAUCCGGACUACGACAAACACACCAAGAGUUGUGAGGUAGCUUCAUUGACAUAAUUUUUGUUUCCUAACUUGUGAUAAUAAUCUCUAAUUGUUUUACAUUUUAUUCAUUCCAGUUAAGUUAAAUUAGUUUUUAAGUGUACUUUCGUUACUUAUUUUUGUCUUUAGUUGAAACAUAUUGCAAGUAUUACGUGUGCAAUGACAGAACAAACAAAAGCGCCCAGCAAGACAUAUUUGUAGUUAGUUCUCUGGGACGUAACAAGAUGUCGCUUUCUAAAGAUAAGUAUUGUAAAUUGCGUCCAAUUUUUUUACAUUAUUAAUAAUGGAUAAUGAUUUUAAUUAGUACAGUCAAUAUGUAUGUUUUUCUUGGAAGUGUACAUCAAAUGGAUCAGGAGCAUGGGGAACUUUAUUUCAAAUCUUUUUACCCAUUAGAAUCCAUAUUCUAAUUUUAUAGUGCCAGUUCAAAAAAAAAAAGUCAGGUUGAGUCAGGUUGGAAAUGACUAUUUCUACUCCUUUCAAUUUGAUCCAAACUUCCAAGGACACCCUGUACCUCGUGCAGUACGUACAGGUUGUUUUCAUAACAUGGUAUGAAAUUGUUGUUACAUGUUCAUUCUAUGUAAAGUUCAUGUUUAUUUUUGUGAUAAGUAUUAUGUUUAUUUAGUAUUUUAUAAGUUAUAGUACAACAUUUUCACGCUUGAGUUCUUUUCAAAUUCACAGGUAUUAGACGAAAGUACAAUCCAAAACAGACAAACUAUGACAUUAGGUUGUUAAUUUUUUUUUAAACAUUAAGUUAGUGUACAGGAGAAGCGAAUGCAUAAGUCCAAUACUUUUUGAAGUAUUAAAGCUCGGGAUAACUAUACCAACUAAGGAAAAAGGGGAGUAGAGGGUGUAAAUGGAACACUCCUGAAAAACACCAACAGGUGAUGGAAAAAAAUAAGAAUUCAUUUUAAUAAAAGUAAGGAAUAAAAUGUUUAUUUUAUGUUAUAAUAGUUUUAAUAAACU